GUUGUUCAUCAGGAAGACCAACAGCCGCUGGGUUUGAACGAGCACCACAAACAAGAGCUGGUGGAUUUCAUGCGGUUCUGCAGGUACCAGCGGAUGCAAAAACUCCGCACCGUGGUCGCCUGUUUCAACAACGCCAAAGACACUAGGUUUCUAGAGCCGACAUACACUUCUGACGAAAUAGCCGAGAUCUUUUCCGAGGUAGAAAAAGAGGUUCGCGACGAAGUGGAAGGCGAGCUGUUGCACAUGACGCACACGUCGGUCCUGCUGCUGCGAGGCCUGUUUCUCCAGGCCCAGGAGUGGCACCUCAAGCUCCAAGCUGACACCGCCCAGCUCGAGAACAUGGAUUUGUUGGAGAAAAUCAAGAAAUUCGAGGAGGCAGAAUCGGCGUUUGGGAAGGAGACUGAUGCGUUGAAGCAAGCUGCUACCAAUAAGCCCUCCAAGUUGAAUCCUCUGCACGACGCUGGUGCAUCCAAGUUGAUGAGCAUGGAGAUAGAAAAGCUUGCUUCGCAAAACAACGACCUUCGGGAAAGGAUCAAGCUUCUCGAAGAACAGGUUUCAUCAGCUUUGCGAACAAAAUCCGAGCUGAAUAAACUGCUGAACGAUGCCAACGCGGAAAUACUGACACUGAAAAAUAUUGCGCCAGUGAAACCGGAUGACGGGGAAGUCCGAGUGUCUGACGAGCUGAACGAGGUGAAGGAGGAGUUGGAACAUUUGAAAUUUUCUUUGGCGAAAGGUUCCGAGGAUGACGAGGCAGCCAAGAAGCAACUUGAAUCGGAUCUCACAUCAACGAAACAUCGCUUGCUGGAAAUCCAAGAGCAGCUUGAUAUCAAAGAGAAGGAGCUGGACAAGAAGCUGAAUCAAACCGCAGCUUUUGCAAAUCUGAAGAAAAUCUUGGUCUCGAAGAAUGACGUUAUUCGGAAGCUGCGAAGCAAAAUUCAAGAACACGGCAUUCAAUUGGAAGAGGAAUGCCGAGAAGAGGAUUAAUCGAUUGUCGCCAAAGCAAAUUCGCGCAAUUUAUGAAAGACUGAUUGAUGUCCUGUCGAUGCAUUGAAAUUGCACGUGUUUAAAUAGUGAGAUAUUUUUUUGUCGCAAAAGUGUGUUCGUGGAUACUGUUCUCAUGGUUGGUCUCAAAUUAUUCCGAAGUUUUCCUGUGAUUGACUCACGCAUCCGUCCUGAAAUCUAGUCAACAAGUGAUGUUCUGAAAAUAUGCAUGUGCUCUAAAAAAAAA